AUAUAUAAAAAAACAAAACCCCCAAAAAAAGCCCCUCCGCAGCGCCGGGGCCAGGAUGUUCAACUCGGUGAACCUGGGCAACUUCUGCCCCUCGCAGACGCGCAAGGAGCGCGGCGGCGGCGGCGGCGGCGACUUCGGCGACCGCGCGGGGAACCUGUACCUGCCCAGCUGCACCUACUACGUGCCCGAGUUCCCGUCCGUGCCCUCCUUCGGGCCCGCCCGGCAGAUCUCCUACCCCUACGCCGCCAACCUGCCCCGCGAGGUGCCCUACGCGCUGGAGCCCGCGGGGAAGUGGCACCCGCGCGGGAAUUACGCGGCGUGCUACUCCGCGGAGGAGCUGAUGCACAGGGAGUGCCUCCCGCCCGCCGAGGUGCUGCUGAAGAGCGAGAAUUUCCACCACCACCACCACCACCACCAGCACCAGCAGCACCAGCAGCAGCACCCCGCCCCGCAGCCGCCGCCGCCGCCCGGGUUUUACCCCGCGGCCGCCAAGAACUCGGCGCUGCCGCAGAGCUUCGAGCGCUUCCUGGAGAGCCCCGAGCGGGCGGGCGGCGAGAGGGGCGCGGGGGGCGCGGGGGGCUCCGCGCACGACGAGGAGGACGAGGAGGAGGAGGAGGAGAACGCCAACCCCGGCUCGGCCUCGGCGUCCUCCUCGUCGGGAGCCAAGGAGGGCUCCAAGAGCGGCGCGCAGAGCGCUCCGCGGCCGCGGAAGAAGCGCUGCCCGUACUCCAAGUUCCAGAUCCGCGAGCUGGAGCGCGAGUUCUUCUUCAACGUCUACAUCAACAAGGAGAAGCGGCUGCAGCUCUCGCGGCUGCUGAACCUCAGCGACCGCCAGGUGAAGAUCUGGUUCCAGAACCGCCGCAUGAAGGAGAAAAAGCUCAGCCGGGACCGCCUCCAGUUCUUCUCCGGGAACCCCCUGUUGUGAGCCCGAAAUACCCCAAAUUCCCCCCAAAACCGCCCCGAGCCGCGGCCGCGCCGGGGACAGCGGCGGCCUCGGGCUGGAGAGGUUUUCCGUUUUGUUCCCGAUUUUCCCUCAGUUCUUGCUGAU